GCAGGGCUCUUUUGGUCUUUAUUCUAGUUAGGAGUGGAACCUCCAGAUACUGAGGCAGUAUACCUCUGAGUGUUAGAUGCUGGGGACAUAGGAAGGAAGGAAGACAAUCCUCAACCCGUGUGUGUGUGUGUGUGUGUGAAGCUUCAUGGGAACAUGGUGCUGUUGUGGGCGGGAAAAACCUGUGUUUUACCCAGAGGGCCACAUUCCCCCUUCGGAAACCUUCCAAGGGCCGCAUGCCAGUGGUGGGCAGAACUGGGUACAAGAACAGAUGUAACUGGCUUCUGGUUUCUGCACCCACUCAAGAUGCCCCUACCCUUCAUCCAGAGGCGUGCUCAAGAGUUCAAGAAAACUUUCCAGCCAGGCAAAAAGCAGAAAACCUUGGGUAGAAAACAAGGCCAUAGAAGGGUGUGGCUUGGAAAAAUUUGAGGGCCAGAUGCAGGGUUCUAGAGGGCCGCAUUGAGUUCCCCACGCCUGGUUUAAAUGGAUUCUUGGUCUGUUCUGCCAGAAGUGGAUGGUGGGACUCAGCCCUGAAAGUGCAUUUCUGAAACCACAUUGAUUUACACACACCCUGGCUUGGCUCGUCCGUCCUCUUUGAAACACAAAACCUGGCACCUUCUCCCAAGGUGGGGUGGGGAGGGGAAACCUCCGCCUGGGACAGCAAGGUUGGCUGCAGUCGGCUCCAGGCAGCUGUCCAAACCCUUGAGAAGCAAAGUCAUUUCUCAAGCGUCCUCCGAGUUGCUUCCACUGUGGAGCUGCGGUCCCUGUCCGGCAGAUCCCGUCUGCUGCUGCUGCUUCCCUGCGGGGCAAUGUACUUGGUCGGCCUCUCCCGUGGGGAGAUGCAGCUGAGGAAAUUUUUCCCCUUCCCGUUUAGGGUGCCUCCAGCAGGGGCCAUGGCAGCUGAGAAGGGCUCCUGGAGCAGUCUGACAACGCUGCAGAAGGUGGCCCUGGCGCUCGGUGUCCCCGCCAGCGGGGCUAUUCUGUACAUCCUGUACCGCCGUUACCGGGAGAGCCAAGAGGAGCGGCUGACGUUUGUGGGCGAGGAGGAGCUCCAGGUGGAGAUGAAGAUCCCGAAGGAUGCCGUGAAGCUGCUCAUCGGGCGCCACGGAGCCAACGUCAAGCAGCUGCGGAAGGACACCCAGGCCCGCAUUGAUGUCGACGUGGAAGAUUCUGGCGAGGAGCGCCUGAUCCGCAUCUGGGGCUCCGCCGUCCAGGUGUGCAAGGCCAAAGCCGCCAUCCACCAGAUCCUGGAGGAGAACUUGGCCGUGACGGAAAAGAUCCUUGUGCCCCAGCGUGCCGUGGGGCGCAUCAUUGGCAGGGGCGGGGAGACGGUGCGAGCCAUCCACCAGAGCACGGGGGCCAAGAUCGAUUGCGACCGUGAAGGGAGUUUUUCGCUCAACCGCCAGAUCACGCUCUCUGGGACCCGCAAGGAGGUGCUAGCAGCUAAGAAACUGAUCGCGGAAAAGGUUUUGGAGGACGAGGCCUUCCACAAGAAGCUCUCGCACGCGGCUAUGGCCCGGUCCCAGCGGAAGCAGCCUCUGGGCACGAGGAAGGAGGACGCUGGCGGCAGCGGCGACCGGAGGCGGGGUCCCCCUUGCACCGAAGAAGCUUUCCAUCAGCCGCUGGGGACCCCACACCACGAAGGAGCCACUGGGAAGAUCCCAGAAUAUCCCCCCGAUGAGCCGAGGAGCGAAGAUGGCUCAUCCUCCGAGUCCUUAUCGGAAACCUCUUGUCUGAGCUAUGCUUUCGAAGUCCCCAGCCCAGACUUCAGCUUCCACACCAACGAGCACCUGGAGGUCUACGUCUCGGCCUCCGAGACCCCCAACCACUUCUGGAUCCAGAUUAUCGGCUCGCGCACCUUCCAACUAGACAAGCUGACCCACGAAAUGACGCAGUAUUACGGCAGCAGCCUUUCGGCUCCCCAGCCGGAACCCCUGAAGGUGAACGUGGGGGACAUCGUAGCCGCCCCCUACCCCGAAGACCGCGCCUGGUACAGAGCCAGAGUCCUUGGCACUUUGGGCAAUGGAAACAUGGACCUCUACUACGUGGACUUUGGUGACAACGGAGAGGCUCCUUUGGAGAAGCUGCAGCCGUUACGGAGUGACUUCCUCAGCCUCCCCUUCCAAGCAAUAGAGUGCGGCCUCGCCGGCAUCGCUCCAGCGGGAGUGUCUUGGUCCGAAGCCGCAUUGGACGAGUUUGACCGCCUCACACACUGCGCCAAGUGGAAGCCGGUGCUGGCAAAGAUCUCCAGCUACCUGCCUGCUGGGAGCAGCACCUGGCCUCACGUCAGAUUGUACAACGCCACCAGCGGGCAGGACAUCGACGUCGGCGCGGAGCUGGUGCGGUUGGGCUACGCGGUGCAGUGCCCACAGGAUGGAGACGGCGGGGCUGGAGAUGGGCCCGAUCCGUUGGACAAAGGUGCCCAGCACAGAAGCCUGGGAGACACGACAGGGGUGUCCCUGGAGAGCCUUCUCUCAGACACGCAGAAGACCCCUGACGAGAUGCCCCUCACUUUGUCUUGCCUCAGCCUUUCGGGUAAGCUCCUCUGUCCCACUACAUGGGUUUGUGCACCGGUGUGCCCUGGUCACUUCCCAAAACAGGAACACGAGGACUCCUGAAGCCGCCUAAAGCUGUCUUCUGGGCGCUUGGUCUGUGAGGCCCGUAGAGGCUUUCCAAGUACAGGGGCUUUUCACAGCUCUGCCAGUCCCUGCUUUCGCACCCGAGCCUCCUCAGUUUCCAAACACAAACGUUUUCAGCAGGUGCGGAAAAGAGCACAGCAAAGGAGCCUCAAUAGGCAGGGAGUUCCCAUGAUGGAUUCUUAACAAACGUAGAGUGGGGGCUUCAUUUUAAGUUCUCUGUUGACUGAAAAUAGCACCUUGAAGCUGGGCUGGUAGCAAAUCGGCAACCGGUGUAUUCGCUACUGACAUUUAUAUCCAAGUUUCUCAAGAUGACAUUCAACGUUCUUCCUCUACCGCCCCCCCAAACACACCCUUUUUAUUUCCACAACAACCCUCUGAGGUAGGUUUGUCUGAGAGACUGUGACACCCAGCCAGCUUUCUAUCCCUAGUGGGGAUUUGAGUCCUGGCCUAACCCACUAACCAUUAAGCCACACUUCCAUUAUAUAUAAAUAAAUCGCACCACCAUUUUUUUUCCCAUGGCUGCAUUUAGGAUGAACCUCUUUUUACGGUAGCUUUCCUAUCAAACCUUCUGCGCUAUGGGGAGAGUCAUUUAUAUUUUGCUCAGAAUUCAGCUAAAUAAUUGCGCUCACACAGGGGUCAGUGUGACUCCCCUUCCCCUCCCCCCCCCCAAAAAAUGUGUGUCUCUUGUUGCCCCCAAAUCUGCUCCAGCGGUUUGGGGGGAACUUGGGGGCGUUUAGGAGCGGGGGAGAACGUUCUGGAACAAUUUUAUUAGUGCUGCAUUGAAUACAACCCUUUUUUCCUGUUCCUUGAAUAACUCAUGAGACAGUGUAACUGGAGUGGGUUUGGUCAUGUUAUUUUACCUAGGGAAUUAAAGCAAGAGACAGCCUUUUGCUGAUUACCUUAGAAAGUAUCCUGUCUCCAGCUUUGAUUCCUAGCAGCCCUUUGCAAAGGACAGCUGCUUCUGGUGCGUGUUUAACACUGACAGGUUCAAGGAGUUACUACUAGUGAAUAAAGCCCUUUACAACUUGGGACCAGUUUACUCACGAGGUAGCCUUACUCCACAGGUGCCCUGGCAGAAUGGGCAUCUACCACCCAUUCCGUCCUUGUAAGAACUCAACAUUUUAGCGUGGCAGCAGCUGCACUUCGGAACUCCCUGCC